GUAGCAGUGGUCACGAGAUCCUUUAUGCAUCUCUCCUUUGCAGUGAGACGGGCUCUCCUCUGUGACGAUAGAACGAAGUGUCCAUCCUCCUUCUAACAAGUUCCGAGUCUCUUCUCCAUCCCAGGUCAACAUGAGCGAGUUCUGGCUCAUUUCGGCUCCAGGUGAGCAGACCUGUCAGCAGACAUUCGACAAACUCAACCAGGCAACCUCGAGGGAGCAAUUGUCAACAAACUUCAAAUUCAAUCUCCCCGAUCUGAAGGUCGGAACACUGGACCAAUUGGUGUCGUUGUCAGAUGAACUUCAGAAAGUAGAUCAGUUCACUGAGCAGGUGACUCGGAAACUCGCCAAUUACUACGGAGAUGUCCUCGAAGACCAGAAAGACAAAGUGGCGGAAAAUCUCUUGGCUAACGGGGUCGACCUGAUGACCUACGUGACUCAUUUCUCGUGGGACAUGGCCAAAUAUCCGAAGCACCAGCCAUUGCCGGCGCUAACAGCGAUGAUCAACAAGCAGAUGGGUAUCGUCGACGCCGAGCUCAAGACGAGAUCCUCUGCGUACAACGCUCUAAAAUCGAACAUUCAGUCUUACGAGAGGAAGCAGACCGGCUCGCUCCUCGUGAGGAAUCUCGGAGAUCUCGUGAAGAAGGAACACUUCAUCCUGGGCUCCGAGUACCUGGUCACCAUCCUGGUGGUGGUCCCCAAAGCCAACUACAAGGAAUGGCUUGCGACCUACGGGAAAUUCACCGAUAUGGUCGUGCCCGAUACAUCUCAGCUGAUUCACGAGGACGGCGAGCACGGUCUCUUCACCGUGACGCUUUUCCGCAAGGUCGUCGACGACUUCAAGAACAAAGCUCGUCUCCAGAAGUUCAUCGUGCGCGACUUCGAAUACAACGAAGAAAGCAUCAAGUCUGGAAAAGACGAGAAAAGCCGGAUGGAGACCGAGAAGAAACGACAGCUCGUGCUGCUCUCCCGCUGGAUUCGCAACAAUUUCGGCGAGGCGUUCGUCGCAUGGAUCCACAUAAAGGCCCUGCGCCUUUUCGUCGAAUCGGUGCUCCGCUACGGGCUACCCGUCAACUUCCAAGGCAUGCUGCUCUUACCCCAGAAGCGUUCGAUGAGACGCCUCCGCGAACUUCUCAACCGUACGUACAGUCAUCUGGACAACAGCGCGGCGUCCGGACCUGUAGAAGACAUUCCAGGCUUCAACAUGGGCCCCUCCGAGUAUUAUCCAUACGUCUACUUCAAAAUUGUGAUCGAUUUCAUAGAGAGUAAGGGUCACUAGGAAGACGGUGUCCAACUAGAUCAGUGUUACUCAGAAACUUCAAGCCAGGCCCCGUUUCCUCGCGUCCGAGGACGGUCAUCGACCCCGUUGUCCUCACGGGGCUCGAAGAGACCGUCGGGUCAUGAAAUCUGACGGGCCCCACUGCACCUCAACAUGGCUAUGAGUUGACCUCCGAAAGUAUUAUGACAACUUGGCUCCCGAAGUACACUCCAUCACACGUCUGCAUAUCUGAUCAAUUAUUAUCCCUCACCCUUCUUAUUGGAGACGCCGCGCGUUGGAGAAAUAUUACAGACUCGGAGCCUGUGAAUGAGAGGUCUGCGGAGGGACAACGAUGCAAUCAGGCGCUCCAUCACAACAAAAAGGGAACUGGAUAUGAUGUUCGAUCAGAAUCAAGAACCUUCCUGGAUCCGAUGCCUGGCCUCGAGAUUCCCGCCCCUGCCACGGCAUCCAAGCCGUGAUAUCGAUGUAUUGCCGAUAUAUUUCGGUUGCUUGCUCGCCUGGUGCCUUGGAAGCCACUCGUUUUUUUGGGGGAUUAAAGUCGACUCCGGGGCCGUCAGUGGGGUCUGCGCUGCUUUUGAGGAACACUGCACUAGAUUAAAUGCGUCUUUGAAUGUUAUGUUUGAAUGUUAUGAGCACGGUUCGCGUCGUGUCAAUAUCAUCGAUUCCUAUCAAUCAGUGAUAAGGGUAGUAGUGAUGAUUGUAGUGUUAAAUAGCGUUCCGAGGUACAGUACCACCUUCUGGCCGCCGAGGAAAAAAUGGAAUAUAUCAAUUUUGUGAUCGAAUAAAGGAGACACGCCGUGCAAU